CGUUCUCCAACCAAAACACCACGCAUAUCUACCGACCUUAGGUAAGGUACGCUCAUUAUAGCUGGCGAGGGCAGACCCAGGGGCACCCUAGUUUAUCAAUGCCCGGCGCGACAGCUGCUGCAGCCAUGACGCUGCGGCGGCAAUUCUGCUUCCCUCUGUCGCUGGGGACAGACAUCUGCAACAUCCCCAGGAUCCGUAGGAUUCUCGACGGGCCGCAGCGUGAUAGAUUCAUCCGACGCGUCCUCUUGCCAGAAGAGCGAGGCCGGGUGUAUAAUUACCUAAACACCACUCCGGGCCAGGUUUCAAGGACAGCCGUGGCGUCGGAUGUGGAGCUCGGACGCCGAAAGGCCUCCGAGUUUCUGGCUGGCCGAUUUGCCGCCAAGGAAGCCGUCAUCAAGGCGCACCCUCACCUGCGCAUCUCGUUUGAAGACAUCACCAUAGCGCCCAGGCAGCCGGACCCAAAGGAGGCGGGAAACGCGGCCGUCAACGCCGGCGGUGGCGGUUCCGGCGGAGGGCCGCCCGUGGCUCUGAUACGCCACAUUGAGGACGGGCGCGAGGUCGUGCAGGAGGCCCUGGUCAGCAUCAGUCACGACGCCGACUACUCCACCGCCGUCUGCAUGGGCAUGACGGACGGGGAUGGGAGGAAUUGAGUGUCGGAGGUCGAGGCGUUAGUUCUUCGCCCGCGAGCAAUGGUGCAUGCACACCUUUAUCGACGAGUCGACACGAGUCUCGGCAUUAUCGCUGCGGAACUGCCAUACAGAUCACGCAGGCAGGACGUGAGUGGUGGAUGUUGCCGCUCACUCGAGCGUCCGUGAUCUAUCAGUUACUACUUCUAAGAGCUAUAUUGGGGGGCAAAGGGACGAAAAGCCAUAAUUCCCUGGAUUGAAAGAUGUCCCCAACCAACCUGUGAAUGGAGGUUACCCACGUAAUGUUUUGAUGGGUGGGCAAGAUGCCAAAUAUGUAAUGUUACAAUGUAUCAUCGAAUAUAAGACUAGUGUAGUGUAACGUGCCUGACAUGAAAGUAAGUCGAAAAAGACAGGAUAAGAUUUACAACACAGAUACAGGAUGUGAUCGUCCGACUUUCAACCGCUAAAUUAACAGUCUAUAGAGAAGUGUAAGGGGUAUCAGAA